AUGUGGGAUUCCGUCGAUGCCGGUGAAAUAAGGGCGCUGCUACAUGAGUUGGAAGACAUCGUCGGCACCCCCACCACGGCUAAUGAGGAACGUGAGAAACCAUUUUCGCUGCACAAGCGUGGCUCAAGCAACGUGGAUGGUGUUGUUUCCCUUUAUUCUUCCUAUUUUGGUCAGUCAAAGUUCUCAACGUACAAAGGCACAACAAACGACAGUCGACGUGCAGUGGUCCCCCUGUGGGAACGGCUGCCACCAUUGAAGACGGGUGACGCCUCAUCGCCUACAAAGAGUGCGACAAAUCCGUCAACGAAGACGUUUCUUCGCCCAAAGCUUCUUGGAGGGACGGUGGGCGUCUCACCUCAGGGGAUGUCUUUGGAAAGGAGAGACGAUGUUGCAUUUUCUUUAAAACAGGACAGACAAAGUCCCCAAGAGUCCGAUUUGUCGCCGCAGGUGAAUGGAAAGCUUCCCACAUCAUCGUCGAAGGUGCCGGUGGCACACGAUGCCGGCGAAAACAGUCAAGGGGAGGUGAAUUUUUUACCCCUCAUGUGUGCCAGAUAUAUAAACCCUGCAGGUAUCACUCCUCGCCCCCGCUGGGGGAGCACAUUGACGCCAAUGCAGGGGCAUAAACUACUUCUCUUUGGUGGAAUGGACAUUGAGGAAGGGGAAGCGGCGUCUCUCUUUGAGUAUGACACACACCAUGUUUCAUGGGAUCCUGUUUUUGUGUCCAGCAACGUGAUUCCUACCCCUCGAACUAACCACGCGGCAUGUGCCUCUGGAGGACGGUGGUUGUACAUCAGUGGGGGAGCAACGGACCGUGGAACGCGUAUUCUUGGCGACCUCCACUGCUUCGAUAUGUGCACCCAGGAGUGGAAGUGUCUGUGGGAGUAUAGCAGUAGUUCUGUGCAGAACAAAAAAGAGCCAACCCCGCGUUUUGGUCACUCCAUGGUGGUUUUGGAUGAUCGCCUGUAUAUUUUUGGUGGGAAAACGCUGAAGCGAGAUCAAAGGGAUUCGCAAGGCGCACAACAUGUUACGUUGGCGUCGACGGAUGUUUACGUCUUUUCAUUAAAUAACCACAGGUGGCGAAGGCGCAUUCAUGCAGGGAAGGCAACGGCGGUGAACGACGCCGGGAACAAUGUUUCGGCGACUGCAACCACAGAGGACGCCUCGCCACCGACUGCAGCUGCUGUGACGCCAUUAAAGAAUGUGGUGUCAGGGCGACCUACACCGCGUUUCUUUCAUGCGGCUUGCGUUCUUGGUGACUGUAUGUACAUCAAUGGAGGAACCGGUGACGGCGGAAUCAUUUUGAAUGACACAUGGGUUUUGGACCUCAGAAAACAGCACUGGUCCUUGCUUCACAACGGUGGGAGUGCGGACGCCUUUCCCAGGGAAAAGCAUCAUUUGUUUGCAUGUGGGGAAGCCUUAUUGGUGGUUGGUGGAUGUAGCACAAGCGAUCACAGCACGCGUAUCACGGCAAAAUAUCACAAUUUUGUCGCUGUUUUGCCAUUUGCAAGUAGCGUUGCGCCACGCUGGAUUCCGGUGACAAUGGGGAAUCUCUCCAUUGUAGCCCCCAAUAAGAAGUCUUUUGCUGCUGCCUUCAGUGGUGGAUUUGUACAUAUCUUUGGCGGGGUAUGUGGCACUGAGCCCGCGUCAAACUCGAUGGUCCGCUUUCUCGCCGCGGAUGGAUACUUUGAAACGGACUCACGCUCGUCGGUGGUGUCAAACGCGGACGCCCUCACCUCCAUGAUGCGCCACGUACGUGAGAACGGCAUCACGAGCAUGUUUGACACGUACGUCCUGCCGCGUUGCUGGGAUGGGGAAACCGUUAUCGAUAUGGCGAGUGACCGAGCAUACGGUGUGCAUCGCGUUCUCCUGCAACAACGUGCCCCCAAAUUCUGGGAAGACCUCAGCCGCUGCCGCAUGGAGCAUGUCAGGCCUUCUAGAAAUAAUGGAAUUUUGGAAUCCGCGCUUGAAGUGAGCGUCUCCUCAGACAGGGCGUCCAUGCCAUUGCCAACAACCUCAGCAACAAUGCCAGUGGCGGCGGCAUCGAUGGCGUCCGGUGACACACAUCAGAGUCACGCUGUUGCGUACUACACGGAGGGCAAUUCGAGGAUUCAAGGACUGUUAGUACCAUUAACAGCAGGCCAACUGCAGUGUUUACUGGAUUAUAUUUACUGGGGAGACGUGAGUCACCGUAUUCUCUUGGAACAGGAGGAAGAGGUGGAGGAGGGGAAUGUCGAGGACGCAGAUACCUCUGCGCAGAGGAGUGUCAUGCAAGAGGAGGGCAACUUCUUGCAGGCCGUACGACGCGCUGCAGAAGCAUAUGAGUUGCAUCCACUUAAGUGUAUCUGCGAUGCAUUGCUCGCACACAGUCGUAAGAAACUGAAACAGGCACAUGCGGGCAGUAUAAAACUUUUGCAAUCUGACCUCUUGUCUCUUUUAGGGAGUGCGAGUUGCGCAACAGUAACAGUACUUUUUGUGGAUCCUCAUACUAAACAGAAAAGCAUUUAUUCCCUUCAUCCAUUUAUUCUCAUGGCCGCGAACUCAUUUUUUAACGACCUUUUAAGACCGUUGGUGACUGGGGAAAGGACAACGUUUUAUGUGGGCCCCGUCGCGGCCAAAAUGAGAAGCGGUGGUCGUGGCCCUUCUCAGACGCGACGAGAUAUUCUUGUGGGACCUGUGUAUGUGCCCUAUUUGGCUGUUCAGCCGCUGCUGCAGUUUCUCUAUACACAGAGACUCACUGUCCCGCGUGAGGCGGUAUUUGCGACCAUGUUAGGAUCCUACUUGUUGGAUGUUUCGCCCCUUCAGGCUUACUGUGAGUCCAUAUUGGCGCGCGAGGAGGUGAACUACGAUACCGCAGGGCAGUUUUACUCCUUGGCGGGGAAGUAUCAUGCGCCAUUUCUACAGGAGACCGCCCUCCUUACAGCCGUGUUGGGCUACGCGGAGGUGUGUCGGUCGCCGGCCUACAAGGCGCUGAGUGAAAAAGAGGCACAUGAAAUAGAUGCGGUGGCACUUGAACUUGGAUCGACGUCGUGGAUUUCCCCGCCACAGUCAGUGAGUGAAGUGAAGCCCACCGCGGUGUACCAACGCCGAUGGAAUGCAUCAUCGUCGUAA